CAUAAUAUGUACACACAGAGCUUGGCACUGAAUUCCUCCAUGUGCAUUGGUUCACCAAUUAGGCCUUUGAUUAUUGUGUUAGGAAUUAACUGUUAAAUGACUUUAAAUUGGAUUAACUGACAGAUAUGCAGAUGUCACAGGGCUUUUCAAUACUGGCGAAUAAAUUUCGUUGACGAGACAUCCAGGGUUUUGAGCUUUGCUCACGAGCUGCGGGCUGCCUCGUGCCUCUAUCCUUUCUCACAUAUUUAUCAGCGAUCCUUCGUGAAUACAUAAACGAGCCGGAUAUCUUCAGCAUUUUCCUUUCUACUGUUAGUGGACGUAUUGGAUCAAAAUGGCAGUGGGACCAGUCGUUCUCCUGGUCCUCCUUCCCGUGUUGGCCCAAGCAUGCGUGCAGGAGCAGAUCACGGUCACCAAGAAUAUGAGCUUCAUUGGGUUGAUAGGAGACAAGUUAUGCAGCACGCCGGAUUAUUGUGUGGACAAACAGACCCAGGAGAAAAAAGGAUGCCUCAAGUUGAGGUGCCAUUACACUGAGGAAAAGAAGAACCCGGACCACGCUACCUGCAAGUGCGAGUGCAUUUGCAUCAAGGCCUGUCCGAAGGCGGGCGAAGUGUGCAACUCUAGGACACAGACAUGUGAACCCUUUUGCCCAACCGAAACAAUUCCGAACGGCGGCAUCGGAAACAAGACCCAUUUCUCUGGCGACAUCGCGAACGUCACGUGUCAUGAUAACUACACUUUAGUAGGCGAGGAAGAGGUACAAUGUCUGCCGAAUAAAACGUGGAGCCAACCACCCCUCUGCACGAAAAUCUGUCCCGAUCCUCCAAGGAUUGAACAUGGGUUAUUGAUAACCGAAAACAAGACGGAAUACCUCCCCAAUGACGUCAUGAAGUAUAAGUGUGACGUAAACUUUACCUUUGUUGGUGGUCAUGACUCGAUCACGUGCCUGAAAGAUGGAACCUGGGGAAGUGGUAUCACGUGCAAAGAAAAUGGAUCCGCGGCACUUGUUGCAGGGAUGUUGGCCAUGGCGCUGUGUUUUCUCUUCACGAUGUUUUUCAUGUAAUAAACGAGCUGCGAUUUUCAUCCGCGAGGAGGCGCUCCAAGCUUUGGACUCGUACACGACAUCUUCGUCGAUGUUGUUGCCGAAUGUGUAAACGGCAUUUUGGGGACAUCGGAAUACAUUGAAUCUCAGGUGACACAGAAAGCUAAUAAAUUACUCGUCAGUGA